AUGAAUUUCUUUAUGAAUCUCUUUGGACAGGGUUCCACUGGGCCAUAACCAGAGAGUUACGAGAUUAAUGGUCAGGAAUAUCACGAAUUGAAUUUAAUUGCUGAAGGAGGAUAUGGCUUUAUUUGGAGAGCAAUUGAAACUAAAACUAAGAAGUUUUGCGUUAUUAAGAAAAUCAUUUGUCAAAGCAAAGAGGCAAUUCAAUAAGCGUAAUUGGAAUUAGAUUUGCAUAGACAACUCCAACAUCCUAACAUUGUCAAAUGCUACAAUGGAGUAAUCAAAUUUAAUAAGAAAUUAAAUCAAACUAUUGCAUAUAUGGUUUUAGAAUUGUGUGAAGGUGGAACAUUAAUUGAUUUGCUGAAAAGGUACAAUGAAAAAAGGUUGAGUGAAUAAUAAGUACUCCUAGUAUUAAAAUAAUUAGUCUAAGCAAUCAAAUAUCUUCACACCUAAAAACCUCCUAUCACUCAUAGAGAUUUGAAAGUUGAAAAUGUCUUAUUGCAUAAUAAAGUAUUUAAAAUAUGUGAUUUCGGCUCAGCUAGUACUGAAAAAAUUGACUUAAAUUAAUCAAACAAGCAACAGAUUUCCCAAUAUGAGGAGAACUUUGCCAAAUAGACAACUGAAAUAUAUAGACCUCCAGAAAUGACUGAUUUAUAUUCAAAGUAUGAAAUCAAUGAAAAGGUUGAUAUCUGGAUGCUUGGAUGCAUUUUGUAUACAAUGUGCUUUUACAAUCCACCCUUUCAGGAAUCUUCUAAAUUAGCCAUUGUUGAAGCUUCCUAUAUUAUCCCGAAAGAUAAUAAAUAUUCCUAAAAGAUGAUCGAUUUGAUUGGCAUAAUGCUUUAACCAAAUCCAAAGAACAGAGCAUCAAUCUUUGAGAUAGAGGAAAUACUGAAGAAUUACGAGACAUUAAAAUAAAUUCAAAGUAAGAAUGAGCAAGAGGAUGAUUUUGGGGAAUUCUAGUCAGGAGAUUAAAAAUCAUAAGAGUAAUAAUAAUAAAAGACUAUGUAAUAUGAUGAUUCAUUAAUUUGA